AUGGCGAAACUUGUUAAGGAUUUCGCAGACAUUAUAGAUCAACUUGCUAGUUGGCCACAAGCGAAGGGACAUGAUAGCAAAAACUACGGUAACGAUAAUGGAGUUUUUCAAUUUGGCAGUGGCCACAAGAGCGAAAAUCGGGGAGACUCCAAUAAAGUCGCUCAAGAAGGUUCAAAUGAGAACAGCAAGAAUAUAGGGAAUAAAAAUGGUACAGCUCAGUUUGGUGCUGAAAAUAUUGCCAAGAUGACGGGGGACGGAAACCGGGCGGGUCAACGUGGUAGGGGGAACGAAAGCACUAUCAGCCGCCAUAACUAUUCGAGUACUUUGCUUGGUGUUGAUCACAAGCAUGAUAGCAAGGAUAACCCCGAAAGGCCAUCUUUCAGCGAAGGUGGUAUCGAGGAAUACUCGCGGGACGGCUCAUGGGUAUUAAAAUGGGACUUGGGAUGGGCGUGGGAUUUGGCUUGGAAGUGGGUAAGUGGUGCUCGCGAUUAG